GAAAUGGUUCUCGAUAUGAUUACUUUUUUUUGGUGUAUGUGGCGACUUUGCGACAGUUAUAUUUUUUUCUUGUAUGCAAAAUUGCUUUCGUUAUGGACUUACUUCUUGAUUUUGUUGCAGAUAGCAUAGCAGAGUGUAUUGUUUAUUUAGACCUUUUAGUAUCUGAUAAUGACAAUUAUAUUUUGAGGGUUGAUCAUGCUGCAUUGUUUGAGGCCAUCACAGGCAGCAACAGCUGAAAACUUUCGUUCUCAUCAAUUACCGUUACCUGGGAAUUCAGCUGAUAUAACUUCAAGAUCAGGAUCUCAACCUUCUCCAACACUAACCAACGAGUAUGCAUCAGCAUUGCAAACAAGUUCUUAUAGUGAAAUACGGGUUUUUCUCGACAUAGAAACCGAAAUACCUGGUGAGAUUACACAGGAACAACUCUUGGCACAGGUUCUUCGCCCAAACCGGGACUUUGUUGAUGACAUUCUUAAGUUCGAAAAGCCUAGUUUUGUGACUGAUCUUCUCUGGUCGUUCUUUGACCAUAGUGAAAACAAGGCUCGAUUAUGUCUUGACCUGACUCAAGCCAUUAGACGAGUGCGUAUGCUGAUUGCACCUUUAGAUGAUCUCCUCCAUGUUCUCCCGUUGGACUCUGAAACUGACUACCUUUCAUCACCACAAUGUAACCGAGCCUUUGAUCUUCUCCUUAAAUAUGAACAACUUGAGAACCCGUUUCCUGACCCCGGGUCCCGAAAAGUUCGUGGCAUGCGUCAUUGCUUCUCUGAACUCAAUGGUCAACUUGAGAGUCUAAUCAAAAAGUCAAAUUGUCGUAUACGUUUGCUUCAUUGGGUCACCAUUGGUUCUGCCCUUAGUUUAAUCAGUAUUACUGUCGGUGCUGUUAUAGCGGGAGUGAUCAUUGCAAGGCAUGCACUUAUUGCUCUUGUUGCAGUUGCGUUUCUCCCUGCAUGUAUUAUACCUUCAAAGUUUGAGAAGAAAGAGCAGUAUCUUCUGCAACAGUUAGAUGCUGCACAAAGGGGAACUUAUGUACUUCAUGAAGAUAUAAUUACCAUUGAGCGCCUUGUGAACCAUCUGUAUUCUGAUAUUGAGGUUAAUAAAAGCUUUAUACGCAGUGGUUUAUGGAGGGGAAAGGAUAUGCAUUCUAUUAUGGAGGUAUCGAGGCAGCUAAGAAGAAACAAUGUAUAUUUUCAGAAACAGCUCACGGAUCUUGAAGAACACUUGUGUCUUAGUUUUGCUGCAAUAAAUCGUGCAAGGUCUCACCUCAUUCAGUUAAUUAAGCUUCAUCAAGAUGAUCGUUCAUAGCCUGACUUGUUAGAAACUGAAUUCACUGACCCUAAUGGAUUAUUUUACCAUUGCAGUAUUCGUUUAUUUUGUUGGCGAUGGAUUCUUACUAAAUUAGUGAGAGUAGAGUUUUGGACUUAGGUUAGAACAAUUAUUGUAAUUUUAUCAUCUUUCCUUUCAGAUUGUGUUCUACAUUGAUAUUUUUUAUUUUUUUUUUAAUUUAUUAAUUUUCAUUAAUGUGAAGUUUUCUCACAAA